AUCUUGGCUCAUCUUGGCUUCCUGAUCCAAGACGGGCGAUCCCGCAGACGAAGCCAAUUAUCUCUCGAAAUCUCUCGUUGCCCUGGUUGCCGCGCUUCUUCUGCAUCCUUCCCCGCUCCCGUCGACUGCAAACCAAGGUCUUGUUCCUUCUUGGCCAUCUCUAGACUUGGGUUCGCCGAGGAGUGUCUCCGCUUCCACGUUUUAGGAAGAGUCAGAAGUCGGGAUCCGGAUUCCGGUCUGCAGAAGCCCCGGUCGAGCAGCAUAAAUCAUCGAUCGAGAGCCAAAAGGUCCAUCGCCCAACAUGCAUCACUCACUUUACCGCCGUGUCCUGACGGGCCGGGACGAGGGCGAUGCUGAGGCGACUGUCCCGGAGUGCGAGGCCUCGUCAGCCAGCAUCGACUACUGGGGCCUGCGGAUCGCCUCCAUUUUCAUCAUUUUCAUCGGCUCUGCGAUCGGUUCCCUUCUGCCCGUCUUCCUCGCCAGGACCUCCAGAAUGCGGGUGCCCAAACUCUGCUUCUUCAUCGCCAAGUACUUCGGAACUGGUGUCAUUCUGGCGACGGCCUGGAUGCAUCUUCUCUCGCCGGCUUCCGAUAACCUACGCGAUGAAUGCCUGGGCAACAUCCUUCCCGACUACGACUGGGCCAUGGCUAUCGCAUUGAUGACAGUCAUGGUCAUGUUCCUCCUGGAACUCAUCGUCUCGCGUUUCGACUUCGGCUUCGGCUCCGCGCACGGCCACGCUCAUGAGCGAGGCCACCAACCUGAGGGAUCUCGCGACGAGAAGUCAAUCCAGGACACGGAGGCUGCCGGUGCAGGUUUCUUCGACAAGAACAGAAUCCCCGUCCGUGGCGACGACGUCAGCUACCCUCGCGGCGAGAACCACCUAGGCCACCAGCGAGACCAUUUUGAGGGCGACGAGCAUGCCAAUUAUGCCGCUCAGAUCACCGCCAUCUUUAUCCUUGAGUUCGGCGUCAUUUUUCACUCCAUCUUCAUCGGCCUCACCCUGGCUGUCACCGACGAGUUCAUCGUUCUCUUCAUCGUCCUGGUCUUCCACCAAACCUUCGAAGGCCUCGGUCUGGGCGCACGUCUCGGCCAGGCGACUUGGCCUACCGGUGCUCGGAGGUGGACGCCGUAUGCGCUUGGUUUGUUGUAUGCCGUCAGCACGCCGUUGGCCAUCGGAAUGGGCCUCAUCGCGAGCAAAUCGCUUGCGCUGGAGGCGGCGACCAGCAAGGUGGUUAAUGGUGUUUUCGAUGCCAUCAGCGGCGGCAUUCUCAUGUAUACUGCCCUGGUUGAGUUGGUGGCACACGAGUUCAUGUUCAAUCCGGAGAUGCGAAAGGCGGGGCUUGGAAUGCAGCUGUCUGCGUAUGCUUGUGUCGUCUUGGGCGCCGGUUUGAUGGCUCUGCUGGCAAACUGGGCCUAGUGAGUGGUGAAGAUCAAGGUUGUCUGACCAGCCACAGGCAUUGCGUUCCCGGUGGCGGAUAGCCUGGACUUUCGGUUCAGCUUUUUUUUUAUUAGCAUCUGCUGCGAUUGAUUUGAUGGAAAAAUGGAAGGGAGGGAAAAGGAGCGCUUCUGAUGGAAAAGCCGGCGUCGUGGAGACCACCAACAUGGA